ACCACACCUUCCCUUUCUCGGGACGGCGAGUUCCUCCUGGCAUUAAAACGAUGUCUCCGUGAGCAUCGAACUAGCUCUGGAUCGAGGGUUUUAGAGAAAAAAUUCUCCCCCGAUUCGGUUAGGUUAACUAUUCUGCGUGGGAUUUUGAGCAGCACAAGGGCUUUUGGGUAGUUUUUUUUUUCUCAGUUCAGGGAUGGUUAGGUCCUGUUUUCUGACUUUAGAUUUCCAUGAUGUUUCUUAACGAGGACCGAGAUGGGGGACUACAGGGAGAAUGGAAAAAGUAGGAUGUGAUGACAUUGUCUAAUUCGAAAUUUGGAUGUGAUGCAAUGAUUUGCCUGCCUAUUAAUGAAAGAUAAUACUUAGUUGGACUUGGAAGAUUUGGGAAAAUGUUCAAGAAUACAUUUCAGUCUGGGUUUCUAUCAAUUCUUUACAGCCUUGGCACCAAGCCGUUGCAGAUAUGGGAUAAGGAAGUUGUAAAUGGGCACAUCAAACGACCUCAGGAUGAAGAUAUCCAGUCUAAUGUACUUGAAAUAAUUGGAACAAAUGUGCAGUCAACUUACAUUACCUGCCCUGCUGAUCCUGCUGCUACUCUUGGAAUUAAGCUUCCAUUUCUCGCCUUAAUUGUGAAGAAUCUUAAGAAGUACUUUACAUUUGAGAUCCAAGUUUUGGACGAUAAGAAUGUCCGCCGACGAUUUAGAGCGUCAAAUUAUCAAUCUGUCACUAGAGUGAAGCCAUACAUAUGCACAAUGCCUUUGAAGCUAGAAGAUGGCUGGAACAACAUUCAGUUGAAUCUAUCUGAUCUGACAAAAAGAGCCUAUGGCACAAAUUAUGUUGAGACGCUCCGAGUGCAGGUUCAUGCGAAUUGCCGACUUCGCAGAAUUUACUUCGCCGACCGCCUCUACUCAGAGGAGGAGCUGCCGCCUGAGUUCAAGCUCUACCUUCCCAUUCAGAAAGCAUAAUAAACUUCGGAGCAAUCAUGGAGAUGUCUCUUGACCACAAAAGGAGCCCCAGGAGGCAUUGCUUCACGGCGCCCUCGCGACAACGGUUAACGCAAAGCGCACCAAGCCUGCACGAAACCUCAGGAUCUACCUGGUUGUUUGAUAGCAGAGUGGUAGUAGUCUGAAUGAGUUGCCGGGGCACCCACUGACCCUCAUCUAAUACACUGUUACCUGGUGUUGCAUCCUCCCUUACAACUGUACCCUGAUGGUCCAACUCCAUGUUGCAAACCCAGCACCUACCGCUGUUUGGCCAUUCAAUUCGCACACUUUUUUUUGCCAUUGUUAUGUGACCACCACUUGUGGCUUCGUUCUGGAUGGCUGUAUGUCAGGCCGGCGCGGUCGCCAUUAAAAAACUUCAGACUUCUCCGCGUCGUCGGCGCCCAUGCAUUUGCAUGCAUGCACAUCCCUGAUCAGUGAUCAACAUGGUUGCAAUGGUUUUUCCGGAUUGUACCGUGCACAUGACUCGAUGAACAUUGGCCUGGAAUUUUCUGUCUCCAUUUUUUUCCACUGCUGUCAACAGCUUCUCGCCUGGCAAAAUUGCCGAAUAGGUUUUGCCGGCUGAUGAAGAAAAUACUAAGAAUGCAGAAACACUUUGGGACAGUGGGAGUAGAGCAGAUGCCGUCAAAAUGGUCAUGGAAACUGAAGUUUCUAAGAGUUCUAUAUUAUAUAAAUGGCAUCGUAGUAUUAAAUAUCUGUAGCUGUGAAUAUCACUUGGGUUGCUUUUAAUUGAA